GUGUAUUGAAUUGACCAUGUGCACAACAUCUUAAUUUGGGUAGUCUAUUUUCUGCAGCUUAUUAGACCAUUUAUUGCAAUGAUGAGGUGGUGGAAAGGUUAUCGUGUAGUAUUGACUGUUAUUAAAUAAUUAAACCCGGAAUUGAUACUAGCGAGAGUAGGCCCUCCAGUACUUGCACACAUUGAUGCAGGUCGCAUAUCAUGCUUACAUUGCAAAAAGCCCUUGCGUAAUUGAUCUUUUAGUGUACAAGAUGUAUGUACAUUUUGCUGCAUGGUGGCCAAAAUUGUGUUUAGUGAUUCUGGAAAAUUAUAGAAUAAUUACAAGUGAUUGACAAGGAACAGGUGGUGGAAUAUAAUUCGAAUAUUAGGAAAGCAUUAGUCAGUGUUAACUACAAUUAUGAAUGUCUAAUUAUGCACGUGGAUUUUUAACUCAGCACAUGAUCAAUCAAUCAAUCUCCACUCUCUCCACAAAUGUACAUAAAUGUGCUAAAUGAUAUGAAAAAGACUGCACAAAUAACUUUGUUCUGGGUUAUAGAAAUGCAUAUAAUUCUAACAAAUUACAACAUACAAAUAAAAUAAAAGACACAUACAAAUACAAAUAAAAGUUGGGGAGUAGAGGAAAUACCCGAUAUUGGCCUACUUGGUCCGGGUAGACGUCCGAGAAAUAUUAUAUAAAUAUAUCUCGCCAUAUUCGGCCCCCAUACACGAUUCUUGUAAAUAAAGUGCCUUAUCACUAAAAAUAUAAAAUUAUCUGAAUCAUAGGAACAGCUCCCACGAUCAAUGCGUUUCCACGUUGAAUCGCCAAACGAAUGUAAAUGUCGCUACCACGAUUGGAAAAUGACACUCCACAACUUUCCUCCUCGAGCGACUCAUGGUCAGUAUUACAGUUCAGCGUGGCAAUGGAGCGUCAAUUUUGGGAACCCCCCAAAAGGAGAAAAGCUUAACGAAAUUUUGUAUUUUUAAAACUACCAUGCAUUUUAUGACAUUGUGUUUAUUUAAAACUUUAUAAUCCAUAAUUUGUAUAAUGAUAAAUUGUGGUACGUUAAUUUUAUACUGAUGGUUGUCAGACGAAAUCAUUUGACACUUUAUGACCCUAAAAGGGAGAACCUGGAAACUAAUAUCAAAGCAAUCGGGAAAUGCUCAGGUGGUCCAAAAAUAAUUAAAAAUAAUCAUCUAAAAAGUACGGAGUCCUGCAGGCCCAGAAAGUAUAACAAAGUUCGUGAGGUGGAAAAAUGGUGAGUAUUGUUGGAAAGUACGAAUUCGACCAAUCGGAUGUGAAGGAUGAUAAUGAUUACCUCAAGAGUCUCGGGGUGGGCCUCGUGUUAAGAAAAGUCCUAACGACAGCCAGACCAAAGUUGGAAAUCCUGUACGCUCCUGACACGGAUGAAUGGUGUAUCAAAACUGCUACUACAUUUAAGACAACAACUUUUCGCUUCAAAGUCGGACAAAAAGUGGAGGAUGAGACGUUUGAUGCUCGAAAGUGCACAACCAUGGGAGAAAUAUUCGCCGAUGAUAAGAUCGUGCUGCACCAGACCUGUGAGGAAGGACCGAAUGUAAUUGUUGUGAAAGAAAAGUUUGAUGGUGACAAACUCCGGAUGACAUUGAUUGCGGACAAUGUUUCCACUACCCAAAUUUUCAAAAGAGUCACCCCAGCUUAAAUUUUACUUUUAUAUUUCAUUAUCUUCAAAACACUGGGAUUGUCACUAAAUUGUUAAUUUGCAUAUUUUAUAAGUACGCAUGUAAAUGGUUUCUUAAAAACAGGAUUUACAUUAAACUAAAUUCUAAAAUAGGUAAAUAAUCACCACAUGUGUUUUAGCUUUAAAUGCUUAUUUAAUUAUCGAAAUUGUAUAAAAUUCAAAUCUCUGUAUGUCUAGGAACACUGGGUCUGUCAAUAAACUCUGUGCUGACAUUCAGUGAUUGUGC